AUGUCGAAGGGCGGGGAGGCCGUGUACAUCCCAGAUGACUCUGACUUCAACACUUUCCGGGAUCAGUGCGAGAGCCAGGAAGGCUGGAACAGGCAGUAUAACAAGGCGGGAGUGAUGGUGUGGAGCCAGGCGCAGGAGGAGAGCCACACAGUGCAGAAGAUCAAGAUGCAGAUCACCUGCAGGGAUGUGCUCCCAGAGACCCUCUACGAUGUGCUCCAUGACACUUGUUACCGCAAGAAAUGGGACUCCAACAUGAUUGAAACCUAUGAUAUUGGGCGCCUGACCGUCAACACGGAUGUGGGCUAUUACUCCUGGAGGUGCCCGAGCCCUCUGAAGAACAGGGACUUUGUUACCUUGCGCUCUUGGCUGCCCCUCGGCAAAGACUACAUGAUCAUCAACUACAGCGUCAAACAUCCGAAGUACCCACCACGGAAAGACUUCGUGAGGGCCGUGUCCCUGCAGACGGGCUACUUGAUCAAGGCAGCUGGUAACAGGGGCAGCAUCCUUUACUACCUCACCCAAGUGGACCCUCGAGGUUCAUUACCAAAGUGGGUGGUGAACAAAGUGUCACAGUACGUGGCACCAAAGGCCAUGAAGAAGAUUUACAAAGCGGGCCUGAAAUAUCCCGAAUGGAAGCGGAAGCACAACCCCGGCUUUAAGCCUUGGGUGUACCCAGAGCAGAAUACGCUGCCCAGCAUCAGCUUGGCUGAGCUCUCCUUGCAGCACGCCGAGUCUCUGGAGAACAUUGACGAGAGCAGCCUGACUGAAGACCGGGCGCGCAUCAGCGAUGAAGAGGCCUGA